AUGAGAACCUUUGUUAUUUUAGCUCUAAUAUUAUAUGGGGUAAGAAUGGGAAACUUAUGCAGCUGCAUACAAGAGGAUUUAAACGAGAAUGACUGGCCUGUACUAUUAGCACAAGAGUUCAAAGAUCAUUUAGAUGAAUGCAUGGAUGAUGAGAAGUCAUCAUUAGUGCAGUCACGGUUCUUAGUACGGCCAUUUUCUGCCUGUGCAAUGGAUGCAAUGGAGGCAGAAGAAGAAGUUCAGCUGGAAGUAUUAUGUGCUGAUUUAGGUGGGACAAGCCUAAAAUUAGAUAUAUACACAGUAGCCAGCGAGACAGGACACACUGAAAAAGUCACUAAACAGACUGUUAAGUACGAUAUACCAAAGACCAAGGAGGAAAUAGCUGAUAGAACCAUAUAUGAAUUUAUGUCUGAGAAGAUAAUAGAAUUCAUUAAUGACUACCAGAAGGCACAAAGAACUGGAGGUGCCCCUAUGAGGGGUGCACUAACAUUCUCGUACCCCCUGGAGAAAUGCGGGGAUGGUUUUAAAGUCACCAAAUUCACCAAGCAAUUCAACUGGGUGAAGGCUGUCACAGAUAACAGCCCAGAAAUGCCCUUAGAUGAGCUUAAUAAGCUCACUAACAGGUAUGUCAGAUUUAGCACAAUUGCAAAUGAUACAACAGCACUGGGUAUCUGGGCCUGUCAAACCCAUGAAGAUGCAAUUGGUGGAUUUGUCUUAGGAACAGGCAUGAAUUGCUCAUACCUGGAUAAUAUUCGGAAGAGUGAAAAUAUGAAUGGGAAAAAGGUCAAAGCCAUUUACAACACGGAAUGUGGUGGAUUUAAGUUCUCACAAGUGAAAAGCAUAAUGAAUGAUGCAGAUAUAAAGAUUAAUGAAAGUAAUCCUUUAGAGGUAGAUUCUUAUAUGCUGGAGAAGAUGGUGGGUGGUUUAUACUUUGAGCAGUAUAUAAAUAUUCAAUUCAUGGAGGAACUUACUAGAGUAGCAGGUGAUGAUCAUGCAAAUUCAGUUAGAGAUGCUGGGUUCUGGUUAAAGAAUGGUAAAUUACAGCCUAAUGAUCUGAUUGAACAAAUAGCUGACGUAUUUGAUUAUAUUGGUCUAGGGUACCAUUUCCAGAAGAAAAUGUAUCGGUUUAUUACUGAUGCUAUCUCUAAGGCAAAGGACCGUAAAUAUAAAAUAUGCGCAGGUCUUUUAGCUGGUGUCAUAUACAAGAGUAUGGAAAGUAAUCCCAGAAAGAGCACAAAUUAUAUCUUUGGUUUGACUGGGUCUGGGUGUAAAACAGAAGAAUUUAAUUCGAAUGUCACCAGGUACAUCACUGAAAUUCUGAAGGCUCUUUGCAAAUCCAGCACCACUGAGGUUUCUGUUGAAUUUAAAUUCUCAGAAGAGGCUUCUCUACAGGGUGCUGCCAGUUCUUACGUAUACAAGAUAUAUAAUUAA